UUGCAAAAUGUCAGAGAUGCCCUGAUGCCUCAGAUCAUUGUGACGCUGGAGGAAGAUUCCAAAAUGACCCGUUUGAUAUCUUGCCAAAUUAUCAGGACUUUUUUAGACAACUGCAGAAAGCAGCCUGAACUCAGCAAAAUUUAUCCAGAAAUCUUGAAGCGCUUGGAUGACGUCUCGCACGAUGUCCGUUUGGCAGCUGCUGAUGCCUUAACCAGUUGGUUCAGAUGUAUAAAUGACCCGGAGACAAAAGCCCUUCUGAAAACCAACAUCAAGGUCCUCUACCAAGAGUUGUUAGUUCACCUGGAUGACCCUGACCAAAAUAUCCAAUUGGCUGUUUUAGAUACUUUGAAAGAAGGGGGCGUUCUCUAUCCAGACCUCUUGGCGAAGGAAAUCGAAGGAGUUGUACACAAACAUCGCACUCCAAUCUACUGUGACCAGCUACUUCUGCACCUUGAAUCAACAGGAUGGAGCUAUUCUGAGUCCUAAAUGCCUCAGUGUGCCUUGAUUAAUAAUGCCUUAAUUAAUUAAAAAUGGAAAUCUUUCCAUUUGUUCCCCAGAAAACAGGCACUUCAAUAAAGAGAGACAUUUUAAGCUGGAAGAGGCUAAAAUUCAUAUCCUCCUUGCAUAUGUGAACACUGCAAAAAAAAA